AUGGAGGACAGGAGUACUUCGAAGGACAUAUUCUACGGAAGAAAUGCUCGGAAUACAGGUGUACUGCGCGAGACUGGAUCAAAGUUCGAGACCUCAAUGAAGAAUGUGAAGGACGAACUAGUGGGAUUUGCACAGACACCUUUGUCUGGCAGUACUGUUCAAUCGAAUAUCAUUACCAACAUCUGUCUACAACGCAGCGUCGGCAACACAGCCACCAGUAUAUUUUACUUUAAGUUAAAAUCUUUGCAGGUGCAAGAACCUGCUCAAGAGGUUUCACUGGUGACGUGUACCAAAGAGAUUAUCAUCCAAGUGGCCACUGCUUCGAUUCGCCUAACGAGUGAACGAAACGGAAUAGUUGUGCCACCGGUUUUCUCGGAAUUCGGAUUUGCCAUCGAAGACAACGUGGUCGAGAUGCAAGUCGUCUCUGACUAUCUCGGAAUAAGAGUGGUCUGGAAUCACGGUUUGUGUUAUUCUCACUUUCAUUUCAGAUGA